AUGGGUAGUCUUCUAUUGUAUGCGGGCAAAUACCUUGCCAAACGAGCAAUUCUAUCGGUAGUCAAAGGGUCUGGGGAAUCGGAUAUGGAAGAUGAUUCACCCGAACUCAGUCCACCAGACGAUCAAUUGGAUGAAACCAAUCCAGUGACUGAAGAAAUCUUUAGUAGUUGGGCGUUAUUCAUACUUUUGUUCCUUUUAGGGUCUGCAUUAUAUACUUCUUAUUUCCUUCAACAACGAAGAAUAAAAGCUGUCCAUGAAACAGUGCUAUCAAUCUUCUAUGGAAUGGUGGUUGGUCUUAUUAUAAGAGUAUCACCUGGUCAUUAUAUUCAAGAUACCGUCAAAUUCAAUUCAUCUUAUUUCUUUAAUAUCUUGUUACCUCCCAUCAUUCUAAAUAGUGGAUAUGAACUACAUCAAGCCAAUUUCUUUAGGAAUAUAGGCACUAUAUUAACGUUUGCAAUCCCCGGCACAUUAAUUAGUUCGUUUGUGGUGGGGGUUAUCUUAUAUAUAUGGACAGCUCUUGGGUUAGAUGGAGUUAAGUUGGAAUUUGUUGAUGCCAUUGCCGUGGGGGCUACUCUUUCUGCUACGGAUCCGGUGACUAUUUUAUCGAUCUUCAAUGCUUAUAAAGUAGACCCCAAAUUAUAUACCAUUAUCUUUGGAGAAUCCCUACUCAAUGAUGCGAUCUCCAUUGUUAUGUUUGAAACAUCCCAGAAAUUCCAUGGUCAUCCGGUUCAUUUCCUGUCUUUAUUUGAAGGUUUAGGUUUAUUUUUAAUGACAUUCACCAUCUCAACAAUUAUUGGAUUAAUGAUUGGAAUCUUGGUGGCUUUGGUUUUGAAACAUAGCCAUUUAAGAAGAUACCCUCAAAUUGAAACAUGCUUGGUAUUAUUAUUUGCUUAUGAAUCUUAUUUCUUUUCCAACGGUGCUCAUAUGUCAGGAAUUGUAUCACUUUUAUUCUGUGGAAUUACUUUGAAACAUUACGCUUAUUAUAAUAUGCUGAGAAGGACUCAAAUCGCUACUAAAUAUAUCUUUCAAUUGCUUGCACAGUUAUCAGAGAAUUUUAUCUUUAUUUAUUUGGGUCUUUCAUUAUUCACAGAAGUUGAAUUGGUGUUUAAACCUUUGCUUAUCAUUGUUACCUUCAUCUCCAUUUGUGUGGCCAGAUGGUCGGCAGUGUUCCCUCUUUCAAGACUUUUAAAUUUCAUUUAUCGGGCAAGAUUCAAGGAAUACACAAAUAGAUCAGCUUAUCAUUCCGGUGGAUUAAGUUAUCAAGUAGUUCCUGAUGAAAUUAGUCAUUCUUAUCAAGUAAUGAUCUUUUGGGCCGGAUUAAGAGGUGCAGUCGGUGUAGCUUUGGCUAUGGGACUUCAAGCGGAAGCUAAAUGGACUCUUUUGGCCAAUGUGCUUGUGGUAGUCGUUCUUACUGUGAUUUUGUUUGGUGGAACAACCGCUUCAAUGUUGGAAAUCUUGGGUAUUAAAACUGGGUGUGUGGAUGAAAGAGCAGAAUCAGAUGAUGAAUUUGAAAUAGAAACUCUGAAUCAAAGAUUAACUCUUUCAGGUCAAGAUGGAUUCAAUGUCAAUAUGAUGUCCAAUAGACCAUUCAAAAAGUCAACAGCAUCUAACACCAAUGCUUCAAAUGUUUCUCUUGCUCUGAGAACUUCACUGCAACAUUAUUUCAAUGAUGACGAAGUUCACAACGGCUCUUCACCUUCGCUCCAUAAUAAUAAAUCCAUUGAUAAUUUAGUUGGUGAUGACGAUGAUGAAUUGGUGGCUCAACAUGAAGUAGAUGAUUUGAUUUCUGGUCCUACUUCACCCACCGCCAAUUUGGGUCAACUGGAUUCUACAAAUGGCUUAUUGGGUUCCUUCCUCAGUGGAGAAGAACAUGCAAAAUGGUUUACUAGAUUUGAUGAGGAAGUAUUAAAACCAGUAUUAUUGGAUACCUUACCUCAGGCACAGAACAAAGGUAACUCUUAA